AUGGCCACUUCUACUAUCCCCAACAGCGGUCUCGGCGUCUUUACCACGGCAGCGUUGGAAGAAGGAGAUGUCAUUGGUCUGGGAGAUGUCAUGAAUCCUUGGAUUGACUUGCCCUGGCAUCAAAUAUUAUUAAUGGAAGACCAUCCUUUCAAGAAUCAUGUCUGGCAAGGCUAUGAUACCAGUUUUAGCGUGGAAUUAUCUGCCUACCAAGAUGUUUUGUGGAUGGGAUCUGGGUUGGAGGCCACCAUAAACUGCCACCUCGCUCUGGUCAAUACGUACAGUGCCACCAUUUACAACAACAACAACAAUCCACAGCACCAUCGAUCCAGAGAUCCUGGAGCCGGAAGUUUUUCACCCUUUGUGGCAGGGGCCACGGUGGUAGCCAACCCCGUACCCGAGGGUGGAGAACUGUUCAAAAUGUAUUCCAGUCAAUGGUUUCGGACACGCCAAGAUGAAUUUGGCGUGGAGAUUCCUCUCCCCGAAGAUUAUGUCCAAGCAGACACUUUGAUUCAGAAGUUUGGGAAGUUGUUUCCACAAGCCCACCAUACACUCCAGACUAUCCACAAAGACUUGUGGGACGUCAUGACCAGCAUGCCUUACCCGAUUACAAAGGCUCUGCCCAAGCGCCACAAGGACAUUCCUCUGGUCAUUCAACAUGGAAUUUGGGAGGCCUAUCUGAUGGAUGCCAAGAGACCACCCGAGGAAUUAGAGCGGACUGGCCGUUGUCUCGAAAACAUUCGCCAUGGGCCAUCUAUGCUGCCGCAAGCUGGACGUGGGGCCUUUGCCACUCGCCACUUGGCAGCUGGUACUGUCAUUACGGGAAGUCCACUUGUUUACGUCGAGAAUAGGCAUAUAUUUCACAUGUAUCAAGAAAUCUAUGAUGCCUUGAUGAAUGAGCAACAGCCACAAAGCCAUGAUAUUAUAGAGUCAACGCUGCAGCACCCAGAAACAGUCCGCACACUACAAAUUGCAAUCAACUACUGUUGGAAUCACCCCAGCUCGCCGAUGCUUCUCUGUCCCUACGGAGCCGGUGUCAAUUUUGUCAAUCACAAUCAAACCAUGGCCAACGUCAAAGUGCGAUGGGCACCGCAUGGAGAGGUGGGUCAUGAUGCUUCCUUGUUGAAAGGUCCGCUUAGCGACGUACACAACCCAACCUUAGCAUUUGAUUUCGUCGCGCUGCGCGACAUUGAUGUCGGUGAGGAGCUGUUUCUGGAUUACGGAAAAGAGUGGGAGAUGGCUUGGCAGGAACAUGUCCAAGCAUUUGGGCCACCAAAAUCCACCGGGGGCGGAGUGGAUCCGUAUCAAUCCGCCUGGCAGUGGAACCAAGAGAAUGAAAACUCGGAUACUGCGAUUCGAACAGACUACGAACAAAAGGCGAAUCCAUAUCCAAUCAACUUGCAGCUUCGUUGCCAUCAGGAUCUACGGAACGACUGGGAGGUCACAAACGCCGUGGGAGAGCUGAGGAACUAUUCCUGGACCAUGUAUGACAAGGGAACACCUUGCCAAGUGCUCGACCGUUACUCAAUCCACCAAACUGAACAACCAGUGUACACUGUGGGCGUCGAUCGCCAUGGCCCCAGUUGUGUGCAAGUCGAGAAUGUACCACGAAGCGCGUUGCGCUUUUUUGACGUGCCCUAUUCGACCGAUCUUCAUCUUCCAGGAGCUUUUCGACAUGCGAUUGGCAUUCCAGAUGAAUUGUUUCCGCUGGCGUGGAAAGCAGCAACGUGA